AUGUCGUCGAAUAACUCACUUCCCAACCUCACCGAUAUUGUCACUAGAAAAUGCGAUAUACGAAGAAUACCUAGCAAACUGCCAUCUCUUGGAGAUGAUGUACCAACAGCAUGGAUCCCCUUGCACAACGACUCCUACGGGGGAAUGACUGAGAUUUGUUAUCCAAACAUGGUCAACGUCUACAGAUGCACUCUUUGGUGCGAACUACCGACUACAUUUGUAGCGGGAUAUGAAAAGUCGGGAUCCAAAAGUUUUGACAAUUACUUUAUCCGCCAGCUUGAGGAUACUGGUAUGAACAUGUCGCAAGUCUGGACAUACUCAGCAAAAGAAACUAGUGCGGCUUCAGUACCAGGCCGCCCAUUGAGUAUCAUGGGUAUUGGGACAUUGGCUUUGGCAGUGUUUAUUGCUGUAAGCAUUUAG